GUAGAUCAAGUAGCUUUUCUACGUAGCGCACCGGCGUGGAAACACCAAGAAGUAUUGUGCGCGAUGUAGGUUAGGUACCAGCGAAGCACUCCUUUGGUUGGCGUUGGAGUUGUUUCUUGUCCGAGGAAAGGACGCAAACUUUGCUGGAAGCAUGCCAACCACGGGAAUGAACAUCAGUGUCACUGUCUGGCAACACUUCGCUAUCCUGGCUGAAGUGGGCAUCUCCAAGAAACGAUCGCAUAAUUGUCAUUUGGGGGAUUGACAACAUCACUUCCUUUUUCUCGCCAGACUGCUACAGUACAUUGCGUUUCAAGAAGCAACCAUCAAAGCCAUGCCCCCGUCAGCCCCACGAAGGUCACAGCAACAGGUGAAUGAAGACUUUUUACGAGUCAUGAUGGAGCUACGACUCGUGUUGCGAACCGAAGAUAUCCCCGAGAAGUUGCUCGUGCUGAUGGUGGGCUACAAGAACACAGCUAGCACCGGCUAUCUCAAAGCGAAAUCUCACCACCGUAAGGCAAACCGCAUCCAGGUGUCGAAGGGGAUCGUUCGGCUGACCGAAGCUGGAAUCGAGGCUGGACCUGACGUCGACCCACCAAGAGACAACCGUGAGAUUCAAGCCCGUAUCAAAGAACUUGUGAAACAGAAGAAAGGUGUUCCUUCCGACAAGCUAGAUAUCGUGUUUGAUAUCCUGCUGGAUGGCCAAAUGCACAGCAAGGCGGAGCUUCUGGAGGCCGCCCACUACAAGCAUCCAUCCUCGACUGGCUUUCUGAAGAUAAUGUCGGCCAUGAAAGAGCUUGGGUUGACGGAGGGGGAUUCCAAGUCAGUCAAGUUUACGAAGAUCGUCUUUCCCUUUGCCGACCCAUAAUCAGUCACUAGACUUCCCACUACAUGGUCGCGAGAUGUCUUCCUUGCCAUGUGUGCUAUGUACCCGUAUCUACGUGAGCGGCAGCAACAACCGGUACAGCUAUCGUAUAACAAAAAUGUAUUUAAUUAACGCAACAUGCUG